AUGGUCCAUUCUCGCACCGCCAUCCAGAAUGCGGACCUGGCGUUCGUGCUGGGUCUCACGGUGGCGGAUGGGCAGCGUAAAUGUCCAGGAGCCGUAGUACUUGGGUACGAAUCCCCCCGUUUAGCCCGUCUUUUGGAGAUGGGCCUGCGGGCCCCGGCCGUCUUCCACCGCGAUGGGCCCAUCAACUUUGAGUGUUGCUUUUGCCGGCGGCUUCUUAGCAACGACACCCCCCGUGUCACUGUUAGCUUCGAUAGGUGGACAUGUGACGACGAGCCUGGUCAGCGCCAAGGUUUUGAGGUGCUCGUCAGAUGUAUCGUAGGGCAGCUCGAUGAGGGGGUACACCGACGAGAGGCCGAACGGUGGCGGAGGGACGUGUUCGGUAAUGGUAAGGUGAAAGCGGGCGAGUACGGCAACACCGGCCGCUCCGGAUCCUCGGGCGGACUCCACGACCGAAAAUUGGACAAUGGCAUGGAGGGUGUUCAUCCAAGUCCCAAGUCCAUAAGGGAACGGAAAGGAGGGAAUCUUAAACAAAAGAAGAAAAAAAGGAGCAGAAGCAAAAGCAGGUGCAAGGAGCAUCUGAGAGCUUCCUAA